AUGAACGCCGAAUCGGAAUCAGAUGAAGAGAAUCAGCCGUUGAACUGUCCGUACACUUGCUUUCGACCGACUUUCGGCACAAUAGCGUUGGCACUAUUGUUGGUAUCUCUUCAGGCGGUUAUAUACUUAACCUAUGUUUCCAUCAAUACUCCCAACUGUUACUCGUGUCAGUCCUCUGACAAGAAUUGUGAAACAUUUUGCAACAUAAUUGUCGACGACUUUAUAACUCAAGACAAUGUCUUCGAUCGGAACCAAAUGAUCACUUAUUUAACGAUCGUUAUGUCCGUCCGGUUUGUGGCGCUCAUCAGUGGAUUCAUUGGAGUGUUUCUCAUCAAUAUGUAUCUCAUGACAACUUACCUUAUAUUAUAUUUCGGUUUACUUUUGGCUUUCUUUAUGAAUUUGAUAUUCAUUGCCGCGGCCGCCAAAACGGACGGGAACCCGACUUAUGGAUUCGUAUUCGGGAAAACGACCUUAAGUGUAGUUUUAUGGUCAGUGAUGUACUCAUUGGAAGUCAUACUAUUCCUAAUGGGCUUAGCCUUAGGCUAUAAAUAUGCGGUAAUGAAGUUCCGUCGCAAACAAUAA